CAUUCCAAGAGAAGAUACGGAACACAUAGCCACUGCAGAUGAUGUCACUUCUUUUACAAGAAGACUUGCGAGACUCAGCCCCAGGGACGGUCUUCAGAACUUCUCACAUGAGCUCACUGACAAAGUUUAUGAGCUCAUAAAAAGUCACAACACCCCCCAGGCUCUUUUUGUGCCAGCUGGCAAGAGCGUGUCUGACUCUAUUCUUUUGAAGCUGAAGACAGGAUUGAAUGCUUCUGAAGAAUCCAGGGAGUUUCCAUCUGACCUUGUAUACUCCUUUGCUACGGAGUCAAUAAAACGUCUGCUACAGCAGAUUGUCUUCUGGCUUCCUCCACCAUCACAAGGAUCCGAUUUCUGCCAAACUAUCAUCUCUGAUGAUUCUCUGCAGGAAACAAGUUGGCUUAUGCCGAGCUCUUCUGCCAUCUCCGUUAGUUCCUCACAGGUUUACUUUGACACAAAGAACCUUUUCACCAAUAUAAUGGUCAAUCAGGUCAUGGAUACCUGUUCUGUGGCCUCCAAUUCAUCAGAAGAAUUAUCAGAGUUGAUGAACAUAAUCAAUGGGUUGUCCCCAACUGAUGCUGGAACACUUGACUCUGACAGACCGGCUCUCAUGACCACUAGCCGUCAGUCUAGUUCCAAAUCAUUGGCUAGACCCUCUCUGUCUGGCAGCAGCACACACAACGGUGGAACUGUGGAUAUUCAAGUUUUAGGAGAGGUGGAAUCUAAGAUGGACAACAAAGAUCUGGAGAUGUCUAGUGUCUCUGUGCAUCCAUCAACUCCAUCAGCCAUGGACUCUGAUACACAUGCAUCAUUUGACUCCACUAGCAAUGACUACACCUCUUUGGUACUUUUACUGAUUGUUAGAUUGCUGUCAAUGAUCACCCCUUUCACAUUACUGGAAUCCUCUGACAUUGGUGAAACAUCAAGAGUUCUCACAAAGAGGAUUCUGUCUGAGUUCUGUGGCACCUCAGGCCUUGAACCAACUCAAGCCUACCCCCAGAAUCUGAAAAUCAAAAAGAUUUUCAAGGCUGUUUACAAGGGGCUUCUUCAAGAAUUUGGGUCAGAGAAGAUGCUCCAGGUUGCAAUGAAGUCAACGGAUUAUGCAUUUGACGAUGCCCUGGUCAAAUCAUUAACUAGGGAACUACUAGCUAAAUGCAAUGAGGCUAGCUCUUCACCUCCCUCCAUGACACAGUUGUCAUCACACAAGGUACUUGGCAGUGACGAGGUAGGUAAUUCUGGGCUUACUUGUAGAAAGGAAAAGAAGAGAGGAAGAUUCAGCGCUCUCUGUGGACUCAACCAAAAGUGUACAAAGAAGGUCAACAAGAAGAACCACUGCACUCCAACACCUUCCCAGAACCAGACCCCUGCCGUCAGUGAAACAGAUUAUGCCUGCCCACACCAUAACCCUACAGCCAACACGACGCCAUAUACGUGGUCUGUGGUUGUGAGGCCUGUUGGACAUACUGCCAAAUUCUCUAAAACGACAUUGAAGGCGGCUUAUGCAAUUGUCAAUGAUCAACAAUCCUGCCGAACAGAGAGUGUAUGCUCCACCAAGAAGAAACCAAGGAAGCGUUCGCUCAUUUCCAGGAUGUUUUCAGCUAUAGGCAAAGCCUUGUCCAGUCCCUUUACUUCCUGCUAUAAAAAGAAGAGCACCUAAUCUAUAUUUCAAAAUAAAUAUUUGAAAUUAACAUAAUUGCAUUAAUUCUUCAUGUUGAGUGUUUUUCAUUAUAUAUUAUUGGAUGAUAUAAAGUGUAGUAGUAGUAGAAGUUGUAUAGUUGACUAUAGUUGACUAUAUACAUACAUUAAAAAAUAAUAAGAAUAGUGUGCACUUCUAGGUACAGUUAAAGUCUGAUGUUUACAUACACCUUAGCCAAAUACAUUUAAACUCAGUUUUUCACAAUUCCUGAUAUUUAAUCCUAGUAAAAAAUCCCUGUCUUAGGUCAGUUAGA